UUGCGCUGCUCAGUUUCAACACAUAUUUAAUAGACUCUCACCCGUCCACCCGUUCAAACAUAUGCGAUUAAAUCAACGCACCGGAAGUAGCUAACCCGCAGCCGUGUUUGUUAGCUACUGCUACAAGUCAACUCUUACAAUGUCCGAUUGACAGGUUGUCAUUAUGGCGGAGGGGUUUCUAAUGGAGGUGUGCGUGGACUCCGUGGAGUCUGCUGUCAAUGCGGAGCGAGGAGGUGCAGGUCGACUUGAGCUGUGUUGCAGUCUCAUGGAAGGAGGGCUCACUCCCAGUGUUGGCCUAGUGCAGGUUGUAAAAAGGUAUGUUAAAAUCCCAGUCUACGUGAUGAUCCGGCCUCGUGGGGGCGACUUUCUUUACUCGGACCAGGAAGUAGAGGUGAUGAGGAAAGACAUGGAGGAGAUGAAGAACCAUGGAGCGGAUGGAUUUGUGCUGGGAGCCCUGACAGAGGAUGGCAGGGUGGAUGCAGAGCUGUGCAUGGAGUUUCUAGCUGCUGCUCGGCCCAUGCCUGUGACCUUCCACCGAGCUUUUGACAUGGUCCAUGAUGCAGCGGUCGCCCUGGAAACGCUGGUGUCGUUAGGUUUCCAGCGUGUGUUGACAAGUGGCUGUGACAACUCUGCACUGGAAGGACUCCCGCUCAUCAAACGCCUUGUAGAUCAAGCUAAAGGUAGAAUUAUCAUCAUGCCAGGUGGUGGCAUCACAGAGAGAAACCUGCAAAGAAUUUUAGAAGGAUCGGGAGCUCAAGAAUUUCACUGCUCCGCCCGCUCCAGCAGAGAUUCUGCCAUGAAGUUCAGGAACAGCAGCGUGACAAUGGGAGCUUCUCUGUCAGCACCCGAGUACAGCCUGAAGGUGGCAGAUGUGAGCAAAGUGCGCACAUUUAACGCCAUAGCCAGAAAUACCCUGUGAAUGGAAACCGGGUGGUCAUGACUGAUAACUCAAUGAUACCUCAAAGGUGAUCACCUUCUUUCAUUUUUAUUGGAAGUCCAGAGAAAAUUGGGAUUUGGUAUUCUCAUCAAUGGAGUGCUUAAAACUCAGUACAAGUAUCUUACAUACCAUUAAGCCCUAAAGCAUUCAUACCUGGCCAAAUGUUUAGCUAAAUAUCAUUUUAUUGUAUAUUAGCUGGAAAUGAUACAGGAAAGUGGCAAAGAAUACAGUGAGAGUAUUUCUAUUUUUAUCUGGUCUUGUUUAUUUUAGAAUAUUCUGCAACAGGCGUGUCCAACCUGCAGCUAAUUUGUUAACGUCCCGCGGCAAAUCCUAAUAAUGCUUUAAAAAAAAGGUUUAAACGUAAACAGUGGAAUAAGAAAAUCAAACAAGUGUAAUGUAAUGAAAACUAUUUAAAAUGUAGACCCUAAUAAAGACAGGCAAUCUUUCUGUCAAAAAAUGUGAGGUAUAGUCAUCCCUCACUGCAUUGCGCUUCAAAUAUUUUUUGGGGGGGGAUAUAUACAGUAUACAAUUUCAUUUAUUAAAAUAUAUUUUACUAUUUUUUGUGUCCUAAAUUAAAGGCCUACUGAUAUGAGAUUUUCUUAUUUAAACGGGGAUAGCAGGUCCAUUCUAUGUGUCAUACUUGAUCAUUUCGCGAUAUUGCCAUAUUUUUGACUGAAAGGAUUUAGUAGAGAACAUCGACGAUAAAGUUCGCAACUUUUGGUGCUGAUAAAACAGCAUUGCCUGUACCGGAAGUAGCAGACGAUAUGCGCGUGACGUCACGGGUUGUGGAGCUCCUCACAUCUGAACAUUGUUUACAGUCAUGGCCACCAGCAGCGAGAGCGAUUCGGACCGAGAAAGCAACGAUUUCCCCAUUAAUUUGAGCGAGGAUGAAAGAAUCGUGGAUGAGGAAAGUGAGAGUGAAGGACUAGAAAAAAAAAGACUACAGUGAGAGCGAUUCAGAUGUUAUUAGACAAAUUUACUAGGAUAAUUCUGGAAAAUCCCUUAUCUGCUUAUUGUGUUACUAGUGUUUUAGUGAGAUUAUAUGGUCGUUCCUGUACAACCUGAAGGUCGGCCCCGCACCUUUCUUCAGCACCAGUCGACGGGUGGUGGCGAUGCCCAUCUUUGCCCUUCGCAAGGGAUUCUCUUCGAAACACGACCUUUCGAAAUGAUCGCUGCAUAAUACACUGUACUUUGUGUGUGUGGUCCAAUCCAACCGUAUUCGCUUGACCACUCUGUUCCAUAGUAAAGCUUCACCGUCAUAUUUCGGGAAUGUAAACAAUGAAACACCGGCUGUGUUUGUGUUGCUAAAGGCGGCCGCAAUACACCGCUUCCCACCUACAGCUUUCUUCUUUGACGUCUCCAUUAUUAAUUGAACAAAUUGCAAAAGAUUCAGCAACACAGUAGUCCAUAAUACUGUGGAAUUAUGCGAUGAAAAGAAACGACUUAUAGAUGAAAAGAAACGACUUAUAGCUGGAACAAAAUGUCCUCUACAAUGCGUGACGUCACGCGCACGCGUCAUCAUACCGCGACAUUUUAGCAUGAUACUUACGCGCGAAAUUUAAAAUUGCAAUUUAGUAAACUAAACCGGCCAUAUUGACAUGUGUUGCAAUGUUAAUAUUUCAUCAUUGAUAUAUAAACUAUCAGACUGCAUGGUCGGUAGUAGUGGGUUUCAGUAGGCUUUUAAGUAUUUUAAAGUAUAAAAUACUAAUACUACUAUACUACUAAUGUAGUAUAGGCUACUUGAUGAGACCAAAUCAGAACACUCCGUUCAGUAUCAUGGCGACUGAUUGGCUCAGCCUGAGAUAGUAUUACUACAUUGCAGUGGUUUUCAAACUUUUUUCGCCAGAUACCAUUUCAGAAAACAUUUGACUUUCCAAGUGCUACCAUAAUGACCAGCAUUAAACAAUAGUCAACUCUAUUAUACUAGUUAAUUCAUUAAAAACAAGGCAGAGGUUUUAUUUGACCAGCACAAGUUUGAACGGUAACACUGUUGGAAUAUUGGCGAAUAAAACACUUGACUUAAAUGAAGAAUCACAACUUGGGCGUACCACUCGAUAGAGUUUGAGAAACACUGCUAUAUUGGAUUGGAAAAGUAUAGAGGUGACUAAAAGUGUUAUUUCCGGUCUGGAGGGCUCUCAGAAUGUUGAUAAAUGUAUCUAGAAGGUUGUAAACUGUUUUUUAUGCUCAAACUUUGACAAUAUUUGAUUCCAAUUUUGCCGAAGUUGGAAUCAAAUAUAAUAUAACGAUAUUUGGUUGAUUGGCAACACUUAAAAAAUUGGCCCAAGUGUGUGAAUGUGAGUGUGAAUGUUUGUCUAUCUGCGUUGACCCUGCCCAUGAGAUAGCGACUUGUUCAGGGUGUACACCGCCUUCCGCCUGAAUGCAGCUGAGAUAGGCUCCAGCACCCCCCGCGAACCCAAAAGGGACAAGUGGUAGAAAAUGGAUGGAUAUUUUAUAAUUAAUGCUUCCAACUUUGCGGAAAUUAAUUUUUUGCAUGUUUAAAACCAAUAAAUCACGGAAAACUGUGUUAUAUUUGUUUUGAGAAUGAAAAGUAAUACAACAUAUUUAGAUUUUUCAGUUGGCGGCCCUCACUGGAAAAGGUUUGGACACCCUUGUUCUAGAAUAUGCUCGAACUUACUGGAACUCUUUAAAAUAUAGUGCAAAAGACUGUGUUUCCCCAAACUUGUCAGACCGGAUUCAAAUAUUAAUAAUUGUCAGUUUGGUAUUUUUGUGAAUAUAGCAAUAUAUGUACAAUUAUGUCAUUUCUAGCAGGAAUACGCCCAUGCAGAAAAUUCAGAAUCACUUUAAUUUAAUUUUUGGCCAUGUCAGUUUGAGAUUUUUCAUAACAUGCCACAUAGGACUGAAGUGUGAUGAUGUAAAGAAUGCAUUCGUUUUUUGAAAUGUGCUUUACAUUGGAAAAUCCCUCUAAUGAAACGGUUCUUUUCAACCACAUUUACGGAGCCUUUGAUUUCCGUGAAGCCAAAACUGUGACCUUUUAGUCAUUAAAAUGGAAUACAAAUCUUUGGACAAAGAUAUUUUUCAGCUUUUAUUAAAAGAUGGUGUAUCUUA